CUCUUUCUCCCGUAAGGGGUAUUGUUUCGGUUGGAGAAUCAGAGGUAGUUUCUCGAGGGUUUCGUUUUGCUUCGGUUGGAGAAUAAAAGAUAUCUUGUUGAGGAUUUACCCGGGGUGCUUUUGGGAGACUACGAGUAUGAGGCCGGUUUUCUGUGGUAAUUUUGAAUACGAAACUCGUCAAUCUGACUUAGAACGACUGUUCUCUAAAUAUGGAAGGGUGGAGCGCAUUGACAUGAAAUCUGGUUUUGCUUUUGUUUACUUCGAUGAUGAGCGUGAUGCCGAAGAUGCCAUUCGGCGAAUUGAUGACACACCAUUUGGUUACAGUAGACGCAGGCUCUCAGUGGAGUGGGCAAGGCAAGGUGACUGUGGCUUACGGCACAGAGAUGGUUCUAGGGCAAUGGCGAAUCAGGGGUCUACCAAAACUCUUUUUGUCAUCAAUUUUGAUCCAAUUCGCACAAGGAUUCGUGAUAUUGAGAGGCACUUUGAACCUUAUGGAAAGGUUCUACACGUGCGGAUUAGGAGGAACUUUGCCUUUGUGCAGUUUGAAACACAAGAAGAUGCUACAAAAGCUCUGGAGUGCACACACAUGAGCAAGAUUCUGGACAGGGUGGUAUCCGUGGAGUACGCCCUGAGGGAUGAUGGUGAGCGAGUUGAGAGGCGUGAUAGCCCCAGAAGAGGUGGUGGUUAUGGGAGGCGUGGUGAUAGCCCAUAUGGCCGUUCAGUUAGUCCAGUGCAUCGCAGAGGUAGACCAAGUCCUGAUUAUGGGCGGGCUCGCAGCCCAGUGUAUGAUAGGUACAAUCGUUCAGAAUAUGACCGAGACAGGAGUCCAGAUUAUGGUAGCUAUCCAAGCAGCAGGUCUCCUCCCCGAAGGUCAAGGACUUGAAUGGAAAACGGCAGAUGGAAGUGUGGGGGAGUGGGGUUUGUAGAGUAUAUGUUGGUGGAUCGAAAAUUCUUUCAAUAUAUGGUUGAAUUAGUUGCUUACUUGCUUUCAUGGGUGGGGGUACUCUCUUUUCUUUUGGCCAUCUAAAAACCUAACGUGGGUAGAAGCCUCGUCCGGCACUAGAAAUGGAGGUUGUAGUCGCUGUAUUAGCUGGCUGAAGAAUUGUGUUUUCCGAUUUUUAACUUAUCCGGUCAAAUUGCCUGUCUGGGUGUGUACCAUGGUGUAGCCUAAGGUUAUGUUUAGCGUUUGUGGUUCUGGAAUGGUUUCUAGUUGGAUUCAAAUUCCAAAUUAUUCUCGUUUUAUUCUUUAAGAGGGAGGAUCUGAAGUACAUGCUAUUCAUUUAUAUAUUCAUGUAGUAGAGGGUGCCAUUAACUGCACAAUUAUGAGAUUAUUCCCGGGAGCUAGCUGUCUUCGCUAGUUGAAGCGAAGCUGCUGCUUACUAGCGAUCGGUUGGAUGAUUUUUUGUAUUUGGAUUUUUAUUCCUACUCCCCGUUAAUUGUACACAACCAUUUGUUUCAUACUUAAUAUGGAAUUAAGCAGAGAAAUUUGAUAGAA